AUGGGGAAAGCGAGCGAGGAACUAUUUUUUUUCAUUAACCAGAUCUUAGCCGGGCUUCUUAAACCAACUGAAGGCACUUUGCAUGUGAAUAAGCCAAAAAGCUUUGUGUUCCAGAAUCCAGAUCACCAGGUUGUAAUGCCCACAGUGGAAGCAGAUGUUGCAUUUUGUCUUGGCAAAUUUUGUUUGACGCCAGAUGAAGUUAAAUCAAGAGUGACAUUCGCAUUGGAUGCUGUUGGCAUGUUAAAGUACUCACAAAGACCAAUUCAGACUCUCAGUGGCGGUCAAAAGCAGAGGGUUGCUAUUGCAGGUGCUCUAGCUGAAGCAUGCAAAGUUCUACUAUUGGAUGAGCUAACAACUUUUUUGGAUGAGUAUGACCAGCUGGGAGUCAUCAAGGCAGUUAAGAGGUGUGUCUCUUGUAAUGAAGAAGUUGCUGCAUUAUGGGUAACACAUCGGCUAGAAGAACUGAAGUAUGCAGAUGGUGCUUUUUAUAUGGAAGAUGGAUCUAUUGUUAUGCAAGGUGAUGUCCCUACUAUCAUUGAGUUCUUGAAAGCAAAACAAGCGAACUACAUUGAACAUUUUAAUUUUUAAUUUUUUUAAUGUAAAUUUGAAUGAGAAUUAAUUAUACCUACAAGGCUUAAAUGGGAAUCUUUGAUGAAAAUUGCAAGUCAAAUUGUUUAAAGGAAAUUUUACAUUUAUAACACUCAAUUUUACAU